UGCAGCGGUUCACGAUUGGUGCAGUGCAGUGCAGUGCAGUGAUUAAUUGUAUGCAACAAUACUGUCCUAAUACUACCAUUCCGACUUGACUGAGCGACGACCAUCUCAGCGUGAAUCAACAACCGCCUCAUUACUUCCUCUCCUAACGGCACCUCCGUGGAUUUGGUUUUCAAAGGCUCCUUCAAACGCCGUGCAGUUUUGUUACUUUCAUACACUGCGUCCUGUCUACCUUGCCUCCCGCGACCUUCUUCAGCCUUCCACUGGUAUUUGAUCAUACUGAUGCCUCUGUCGUCGCCAAAUCGCCUCCGUCCCAUUCUCUAGUACUCACCUCAGUCCGUUUACAGUUUCUCUGUCUAGACCCGCGACAAGCACCUUCGAGGGAUCCGACAUGUUAUUGAGAUUUGAGUCUAAAUGGGGGCAGUUUCGGCUGAACGUCGACCCAACCCAACACUUUUCGGACUUAACGAGCCAGAUCCUGGAUCACCUGCCUCCCGAUACCGAUGCCUCAUCGAUAGUUCUAAGCAACAAACCUGUCAGUUCCAAACCAGAUCCUGAACGAGAGCGACGACUGGUGGAUUUGCCGGGCGUGGAGCUCCGACAAGUUGGUCUUAAACAUGGCGACAAGUUGUAUAUUGGCUACUCUGAAGCGCAGAGUCUCUCCAACGGCCACACCAACGGACAUGCUACUGCCGCCCCUCGACGCCUUAACGGGACCAUCGCCCUGCCGAGCCCGGCCGAGUCCACGCCUCUUCCUGCGGUCACAUCGCCAACAUUAAUACGAAAUCCCUGGGAAGUGGUCAAGCAAUCUCCGUUAGACGACCGUUUGGACAAGAUGGAUGGCAAGAUCCCACGACCGAGAGACUCAAGGAUGUGUCGGCACGGCCCCAAGGGCAUGUGUGACCAUUGCCAGCCGUUAGAGCCAUACGACAAAAAGUAUCUAGACGAAAAGAAGAUCAAACACCUCUCCUUCCACGCCUACCUCCGCAAGAUCAACUCCGCUACGAACAAGCCUGAGUUGAAGAGCUCCUACAUGCCGCCUCUCACAGAACCAUACUACCGGGUGAAAAAAGAUUGCCCCUCGGGCCAUCCACCAUGGCCAGAAGGCAUUUGUACAAAGUGCCAGCCCAGCGCCAUCACGCUCCAGCCACAGGAGUUUAGGAUGGUUGACCAUGUGGAGUUUGCUUCGGCCGACAUGGUGGACAAAGUGAUCGACUUCUGGCGGAAAUCGGGCUGCCAGCGUCUAGGAUUCCUCUAUGGCCGAUAUGAAGAGUACACCGAAGUACCGCUAGGUAUCAAAGCCGUCGUGGAAGCAAUCUACGAACCGCCUCAAAUGUGCGAAGUUGACGGCCUUACGUUACUGGAUUGGGACAAUGAAAAGGAUGUGGACGAAAUGGCGCGGCUUUGCGGUCUCGAGCGCGUGGGUGUGAUUUUCACUGACUUGAUGAGCCCAGAAGAUGGCGAAGGCCAGGCUGUCUGCAAGCGGCACAUUGACUCGUACUUCCUGUCUUCGCUGGAAAUUGCUUUUGCGUCCCGGUUCCAGGCCAAAUAUCCCAAACCUUCCAAGUGGAGCGACACUGGCCGAUUUGGUUCCAACUUCGUUACAUGUGUCGUGACGGGCGAUGAGGAUCAAAGCAUAACCAUCAAUGCCUACCAGGCCUCCAAUACCGCUGUGGAAAUGGUGCGGGCAGACAUUGUCGAGCCUUCAGCAGAGCCUUCAGUGAUGCUCGUGCAGUCGGAAGAAGAUGAGGUCGUUGGAGCUCGGACACGCUACAUUCCUGAGGUUUUCUACCGCCGCAUCAACGAAUACGGUGCGAAUGUGCAGGAAAAUGCGAAGCCCGCUUUCCCGGUGGAGUAUUUAUUGGUGUCGCUGACGGCUGGCAUGCCUAUCAAACCCAACCCUCUGUUCAAGAAUAACAAGUUCCCGGUCGAAAACCGAGAAGCCGUGGCAGAAGGACAGGACCCUCGUGAAGUUGCCAAACUGCUCCGUUCCUCACAGUCCGUCGACGCAAUCUCCGAUUUUCACUUGCUCUGCUUUCUGCAUGGUAUGGGGGUGUUCAGCAAGGAGGAAGAGCAACUGGCUUGCAAUGUGGCUACCAAACAUGAUCAGGUCGACGCCAUUCACCUGACCGACACACCUGGCUGGAGGACCCUUAUGGCGAUACUCGAAACAUAUGGCGGCUAGCAUUGAGCGCUAGGAACGCAGCGAUUAACCACGGUGAUAACACCCCGACGGCCGGAUGUUGAUGCCUUGACUCCAAGCCCCGGAGGGUCCUGCAGGUGGCGAAGAAAUUCGUAUCAGUCGAAUGGGCUGGGCAGUACAUGCAUGACACGACGCGACAAGGGCAUGCCCGGCAUGUACGGAAGGCCAGGGGAACACAUUUCCUGCAUACAUGAGGGCCAACCUUUUUCUGUGCUCGUGACCAAAGUGAUGGCCGUUCUAGAAGGACAACAGUGAUUAAAGCUGCCUAGGGGUUUCCGUCAGCGCUACAGAUCGACGAGAAAGCGAAGAGGGCGGAUACUGAUCGCCGAAAACAAGCUCCGGAUGCGGUAGGGACCAAACCAGCACAUCAUUAGGGCAUUGCAGGGGGCGGCGGCUCCGGUUAGGGCUUCGCGGGAUUCAACCUCAAGCUAUCGUCUGCCGCUGUGAUGGGAUUCUGGAUGACACCUUUGGAUGAGCCAUUGUCACAAUGAUAAUCAAGUUGUAAGCUUGAAUAGUUUGGCCCCGACAAAUGUAUGCCUGAAAACCAUAGCUGUGUGUUGUGCUCAAAGACUCGGCAGCGGUGGUACUCGUAGGGUGAAGCGGACGACCGGGUAGGUGGUGUUAUUGGCGGGGCAGUCUUCUAGAAGCUCUGGGCCAGCACACCGUCAGCGUCUCCCAGGGGUGUCCUUGGGAGGAUGGACGAUCAGUUGGUUUUAGGGGACGAUAGGCGUGCCGAUGAGCAACGGAUUGCAUUCACAACUUGAAGGGCUUAGACUCAGCUGUCAAGGCCUUGCGCUAGUACUGUGCAAUCUAGCAAGUAGUGGCCGUGCUGGAAAUAAUGCACACACGAAAUAGCAAAUCCCACGUCUGCAUACUGGA